AUGUCGGCGGGCAUAAAGAAGGCCUUCACCACACCCAAAGCUCGCCCAGCUGGGAACCUAGCGCCUGCUUUUCAAAUCAUCAGGCAGCUCCUCGCCGAAAAACCACGCACAUUUCAGCAAAUCCUCCAAGAUGGGGUUGCCAUGACGGGCACAGCCGAGGCGGGGCCAUCCACUCCGGUCGCUCCACCUACACCGGUAAAGAGCAAAAAGGGCAAGGUGGUCAAGGGCAAGAAGGCGGAAGUGGCGGUGAAUGCAGUCCCAGCGGGGCAUCCGUUUGUCUCUGCUAGCUUUCUCAAGAGCCGGGUGCUGCCUGUCCUCGCAUCACAAGACCUCAUCAUCAAAUCCUCCAAAGCUACCCCCGUCACCCCCGCCGGCACAUUCGCCUGGUCCCUCGCACCAUCCACACCGUCCGAAACUUCUACAUGGGACACCGAGGCUCAUUGGGAUCGCCUGCUCUCCCCGGGAUACGGCGAGUCGCCAGGGUCCGUUGCCCUGGCGUACAAGACUCAUCAGGCGGAGGUGAAGCGUUUAAAGCGGCUGGCGGCUCAGGACGAUCCUGCAAAUCGUGCAGCGAGGCGGACGGAACGAGAGGUUUGGGCGUGGGAGGGAAGAGCAGAAGGAUUGACAACGGAGCUGGAGCGGAGACAUUUGAAUGUUAGAAAGGCAAGAGGAAGGCCGGAGAAGGAGCGUGCGAGGUUAGGCGGUUUUGGCUUGAGGGGUCAGACGGAUGUGGAGGCAGUAGUGCGGUAA